GGGGCAGGGCAGGGGCUGGGCCCGGCCGAGGUUUCCUUCGCUCGGGCUAGACGCGGGGGUAGAUUACGGGUCGGGGCUGUGCAGAGGUAGAAACAGCAGCAGCGGUAGCUGCAGCAUCGUCAGCAGCAGCAUCAUAUCAACAGAAGUAGCAGGAGAAGUGGACGAACAAGAAGAAGGAGGAGGAGGAAGAGGAGGAGCAGGGGAGAGACUCCAGGACUGCACACGCCGAAGCAUCGCUCGGCGUGUGCCGCGGCACGGCAGGGAGCUGUGCCUCGUGUGCUACUGUGAGUGAUGAAACUACACUGGGAAAGAAAGAAAGAAAAUCAUCAUCAAAGAGCAUUUCCAACAGUGGCUUAAACACACUCAUUUGUGCCACUCUCUAUUUUUUUUUAAACAAGCCACAGCGUACGCGGCUGCCAUGGGGGUGUGGGUGGUGAGCAUCGCCACGCUGACCUACUUCUGUGUGUCAUCAUUCGCAGCCAAAGAUGUGGGCUUGGAGAGCCCGCCGUUUGUCUGCGCGUGCGAAGGCAUCUGCGGCGAAGAGUCUCAGUGCAACGGGCAGCGCUGCUAUUCCGCCCUAGAGCUGACUAAUGGGCGCUACGUGGAACUGAAAGGCUGCCUUCCCAAUGCCGAGCAAGUACGGCUGACCUGCAGCACCCCCGCCUCGACCAGCCAAGUGGUGAUCGAGUGCUGCACAGGAGACUGGUGCAACUCCAACCUCACCGCCACACCGCCCCCUGAUGACGAGAUCGAGGUGCUUCCGUACAGCCCGGGCACCCUGGCAGUGGUCAUCGCCGGCCCUCUCGUAGUCCUCGUGGCCCUGCUGACGGCCGCCGCGCUGCUGUGCCGAUCGCUGCACAAGCAGCGUGCCCGCCACCUGCACGCUCGCGACGUGGAGCGCGGUGCCGCCGACGGGCUCAUCACGUCCAACGUGGGCGACAGCACCCUUGCCGACUUGUUGGACCACUCCUGUACAUCGGGCAGUGGCUCAGGCCUCCCUUUUCUUGUACAGCGGACAGUGGCUCGUCAAAUCACGCUCAUUGAAUGCGUCGGCAAGGGGCGGUACGGCGAGGUGUGGCGCGGACAGUGGCAGGGUGAAAACGUCGCUGUGAAAAUCUUCUCUUCGAGAGACGAGAAGUCUUGGUGCCGCGAGACGGAAAUCUACAACACGGUGCUGCUCCGGCACGAGAACAUUCUCGGAUUCAUUGCGUCGGACAUGACGUCACGCAACUCGAGCACUCAGCUUUGGCUCAUCACACACUACCACGAGUGUGGCUCGCUCUACGAUUGGCUGCAGCGCUGGCCCCUGGAGGCGUCCUCCUGCCUGCGCCUCGCCCUGUCUGUGGCCGCCGGCCUUUCUCACCUCCACGGGGAGAUCUUUGGCACGCACGGAAAGCCUGCCAUCGCGCAUCGUGACCUCAAGAGCAAGAACAUCUUGGUGAAGGGCAAUGGCCAGUGCUGCAUUGCUGACCUUGGCCUCGCUGUGAUGCAUUCGCAGGAGUGGAGCCGGCUGGACAUUGGGCAAAACCCACGCGUGGGCACGGUGCGGUUCAUGGCGCCAGAGGUGUUGGAUGAGACGCUACAGACAGAUUGCUUUGAUGCGUACAAGCGUGCCGAUAUCUGGGCUUUGGGGCUUGUUCUCUGGGAGAUCGCGCGCCGUACUCUCAGUAAUGGCAUUGCGGAAGAAUACCGCGUGCCCUUCCAUGACGCAGUGCCCAGCGAUCCGAGCUUCGAUGAGAUGAAGAAGGUGGUUUGUGUGGAGCAGCAACGACCGAACAUCCCCAACCGCUGGUUCUCUGACCCGAGCCUGACGGCGCUGGCCAAACUGAUGAAGGAAUGUUGGUACCAAAACCCAUCGGCCCGCCUGACUGCCCUCCGUAUCAAGAAGACCCUGGCCAAAAUCUCUGGAUGUCUUGACAAAAGCAAAGCUGACUGUUGAACAUGCAAACAACGAAAACUUCAAAAACAUACAGCCAAACGUGGCUUUGCAAUUUUAUUCCACAAUAAUGAGCUUUUUGUAUCUCCCAGGGAUUCGAAAGUCUUGGAAAUGUUUAAAUUGCAUUUUCCGUCAACUCUGUGCCAGAAUGCAGUUCAUGUUACUUUAAAGAAAUGCAAGUUCUUUUUUCCUCUCGAACAGAAUGAUAUGCUUCCCUGAUUUCUCCCCAAGUAUCGAAGUGCAACCUUGGAUUGUUGUCGCUCGAGAAGUUUGCAUAGGCAUGAAGAGAAUGCAAGUUGUGAAGGGGGAGGAGGCCGAACUUUAUAGCAAAAAAUGUGUACGGUUUAUGAUUUGUCACGUUGUAGAGUUUGGUAACCGACGUCAUGCAAUAGCUACAGAAGGCUGUACAAAAAAAAAUUUUGUCCAAAAAUGUUUCCUGAGAAGGAAUCCUGUCGUGUGUGCUUUCAGUACCUAUAACCUGUAUACUUGAAAGGUGGAAAAGCAAGGUCCUUUUAAACAUUGCGAAGGUGUGUAUUUUUAAGUAAAGUCAAUGUAUAUGAUUUUGUUUGUAAUUAGUAGAUUAGGAAAUUGAAAUGCAUUGUAAUAGUGGAUUUCAUACCGUGCAGCACACAACCCAGGAUGUUGAAUCCAAAUAAGCGUUAAACAUAUUCUCCUAUUCAAAGCUUUUGUUUCACCUGUGGAAUAACCUCUCGCUUUGUAAUUAACAAUUCACCUGUGAACUACACGUAAUUGCCUAGUUUAAAAGUAAGUAAUGUGGUUUUUGGUCACUGGAAGAUCAAAAUAAGUGGAUGUCUCGUGAAUAAUGAAACUUACAUUAAAACAAAUGUAGCGUUCU